AUGUGGGAGCAUUUUCGUUGUGCAGGCGUAGACGAAUCGAUUGAGAGUCGGUCCUACCUUAGCAAGGAGUGUACAGUGAAAGUAAUUACACCAGGAAUGAAUAAGCUGAAACCACCGCAAUCCGAUGUCAGAUCAUUGCGAUCGUCCACAACUAGAUCGAGUUUGAGAAAGGCCAGUAAGGUCACCGAAAUAACACCACGCCAUUCAAAAGGUUCCCCGAGUACGACUUCGAGUACUCGUGCUGCUCGCUUGGAGGCCCAAAUGAAGUUGGUGGAAGAGGAACAGUUGCUGAAGGAACAGGAAUUGAAAGCCCAGGAAGCAAUGAGGAAGAAAGAGUUGGAAGAAGAGGAACGUCGCCUACAGGAAAAGAAAUUAUUAUUAGAGGAGGAAGCAAAGCUGCGCGAACGGAAAUUGCAGGAUGAAAAAGAGUUCCAAAAACAACAGCAGCUGAUUCGGAAAGAGUCCUUGGAGAAGAAAAGUAGCAUCAUCCGACAGUUGAGUGAGUGUGGCAGUCGAGGUGAAUCAAUUCCCGAUUCUGAGCAGCAAAUCGAAAUGUGGUUGCAACAAUGUUCUCCCGAACCACUUGAAGAUAAAUGCCAAAAGUCAAUGAUGGUAUCCGGAGAAGCAGCACCGUUACUCAGAUCGAAUGCACCUCUACCCACUGAAAAACAACGACAGAACGUAUUUUGUCAGGGAAUCUUGACUCGCAAUCCUAUUCAAAACGCCCCAAUGAUCAACCAGUCCGAGCAAAACCCUAUCGCCGAAGCAGUGCAGACAGAAAGUGGCAAUAGUCCGAACUACGAGAUUCAACACCUCGGUGGCGCAUACCAAGCGCCCAAGCAAAUGCAAAACCUCGGUCGCACAUACCCAGCAUCCAAGCAAAAGCAACAUUUUCGUGAACCGACAGUACCAGGGGUAGAAUCGGAUUGGCAUCGAAACAUUUACGGGCAGCAUCAACAGAUUCCAAAUGCACAGCAACAAUUCUACGAUGGAGUACCCCAAUCUGAUUUACCUAGAGGUCGCUUGGGUCAACCCGACCAGUUUCAUGCGGAACCGGUGGUCCACAAAGCGCUCGGAGCGAAUCAAAUGGCGGCCAGGCAGAUAAUGGGGAAAGAGUUACCACCGUUCUCUGGAAAUCCCGAAGACUGGCCGAUAUUCAUAUGUAGCUUUGAGCAAUCCACAGCAGCGUGUGGUUACACGGAUACCGAGAAUUUAAUCCGCCUACAGCGAUGUUUAAAGGGGCAUGCACUUGAGUCGGUGCGGAGCAGACUUCUGCUUCCUACCAGUGUACCGCAUGUCAUCAACACUCUGCGUACGCUAUAUGGUAGACCAGAGCUACUGAUACGAACACUUAUCGAGAAAGUUCAACGUGCUCCUGCACCCAGACACGAUAGACUUGAGACUGUGAUGGAGUUUGGAUUGACUGUACAAAACCUUGUGGACCAUUUGAAAGCAGCGAAUCAGUUCAUGCAUUUGUCUAAUCCAGUGCUGAUGCAAGACCUAGCAGACAAACUUCCUGGUUCGCUGAAGAUGGAGUGGGCUGUGUACAAAAGCAAACAUCCGUGUGCGACGUUAGCAACAUUCGGCGAUUUUAUGGCAGGACUAGUAUACGCAGCGAGCCAAGUGUCUUUCGAGUUACCGAGCUCAGGUAGAAACAUCAAAAGUGAGCAACGGAGGUCAAAGGAAAAGGGCAUGGUACACAUUCACUCGUCUGGGCCCACAGUUUCACCAAUCGCUCCUAUUCCACCACCAAUCGUUAAAAAACAAGGAAAGCCAUGUGCUACUUGUGAACGAGAGGGACAUCGAGUGGCUGACUGUCGUCAAUUUAAGUCGUUUAGUAUAGAUGAACGGUGGAAAUUCGUGAAUCAGAAAGGACUGUGUCGCACUUGUCUUAAUAGCCACGGAAAAUGGCCUUGUAAAUCUUGGCAAGGGUGCGGGAUCGAAAGUUGUAGACAGAAACACCACACACUACUCCAUUCUGAUUCCACCGUACCUUCUGUAAAUGUUUCUGCCAGCCACCUCACGCAGGUCAACAAUCUCUUUCCCAUGUUCCGUAUACUUCCGGUCGUACUAUACGGACGAUCGCGAAAAGAAGUAGUAUUUGCCUUUGUCGACGAGGGGUCAUCCAUAACACUUCUGGAGGAGACGCUCGCUGAUCGAUUAGGCCUAUCUGGCCCUGUAGAACCACUAACUCUACAAUGGACGGGCAAAAUAUCUCGAGAUGAACGACAAUCUCGAAGAGUAGAGCUGGACAUAUCCGGUGAAGGAAGCCCAAAUCGUCACAGUAUGUGUGAAGUCAGAACUGUUAGUUGUCUGGUAUUGCCUCCUCAAACGCUGAAGUACGACGAGCUUUCUAAAAUUUACCCGCAUUUGCGCGGACUUCCUCUGAACGACCAUGACCUAGCCCAACCAAAGUUACUGAUUGGAUUGGACAAUCUCCGGCUGACGGUUCCAUUGAAGGUACGCGAGGGUGGACCGACGGAUCCCAUAGCAGCGAAAUGUCGAUUAGGUUGGAGUAUAUACGGGUGUACUGCAGGUUCAUCGAAACGGAAAGCGGUUAUCAACUUCCACGUAGCAGCAGCUACUGAUCCAAGCUUGCAGUUGAAUAAUCAAUUACGCGACUAUUUUACACUAGAGGAUGCGGGAGUCGUUGGGCCAAGUGAAGGUCUGAAAUCGAAUGAAGAUCUACGAGCGAGAGAAAUAAUGGAGCAAACUACGCGGCGAACGGAACGAGGUUUCGAAACUGGACUUCUAUGGCGAGAUGAUGAACCAAAUUUUCCAGAUAGCUACGCGAUGGCGGUUAGGCGUCUACAUUCUCUAGAGAGGAAACUAACUAAGAAUCCAUAUUUGCAAAAACGUGUUUGGGAACUCAUCGACGAAUAUUUGCGAAAGGGUUACGCACACAAGGCCACAGAGGAAGAGCUGAAGCAUGCCGAUCCAAAACGCACAUGGUUCCUACCUCUUGGUGUCGUUGUACAUCCCAAGAAGCCAAACAAGGUACGACUUGUAUGGGAUGCUGCUGCAACUGUCAGCGGAGUUUCCUUCAACUCGAAAAUGCUGACGGGACCUGACUUACUGACGCCUUUACCAGCCGUUCUUAGCCGCUUUCGUCAGUUCCCUAUAGCAGUGUGUGGUGACAUCCAAGAGAUGUUUCACCAGCUCUGGAUCCGUAAGCAAGAUCGUUUGGCACAAUGCUUUCUCUGGCGGAACAGUCCAGCGAAUCCAAUCGAUGUGUUUGUCAUGGACGUUGCAACAUUCGGCGCUACAUGUUCACCAGCUUCUGCGCAAUAUGUAAAAAAUGUUAACGCGCAGGAGUUUGCUGAAGUUUACCCACGUGCAGUCACUGCCAUUGUAGAGAACCACUACGUCGACGACUAUCUUGACAGCUUCGAGACCGUCAACGAAGCCGCCGAGGUAGUGAAGGAUGUUAUUCAUGUCCACUCUAUGGGAGGUUUCGGAAUUCGUCAUUUUCGCUCUAACUCGCCAAAACUUCUACAAGAGAUUGGAGAAAACACUCCAGAUGAACCAAAGGACUUGAUGCUGGAAAGAGGUGGUACAUCUGAGUCUGUACUUGGGAUGACUUGGAAUCCUGCAGACGAUUGUUUUUCGUAUUCGUUCAAUCUACGAGACGAUCUUCGUCAAAUUCUUAAUGAACUUCACGUUCCUACAAAGCGUGAGGUUCUCAAGGUCGUGAUGAGCCUUUUCGACCCGCUGGUACUUGUUUCACACUUUCUGAUUCAUGGUAAGGUCAUCAUACAAUCUACAUGGACGUCUGGCAUCGGAUGGGACGACCCUAUCGAUGCGGAACUCUACCAAAAAUGGUGCAAAUGGGUCGAGCUGUUUCCUAAGCUGAAUGAACUAAAAAUUCCUCGGUGCUAUUUCUCGACAUCCCCUUCCAAAAACUACGAACUGCAAGCGCAUACUUUCGUAGAUGCUAGUGACGUCGCUUAUUCCUGUGCGGUUUACUUCCGGAUAGUACUUAAUAACAGUAUUAAAAUGGUACUUGUAGGAGCUAAAAGCAAAGUAGCACCUAUUAAGACGCUCUCUACUCCACGUCUCGAGCUUAAAGCUGCCAUUCUUGGAUUACGAUUCGUCACUACUCUUCUGGAGAACCAUACACUUGCGGUAUCUGAACGAUUCUUUUGGAGCGACUCCACAACGGUAUUGGCCUGGAUCCGUUCAGAUCAUCGGAGGUUCCCCAAGUUCGUAUCGGUGCGAAUAGGCGAAAUAUUGACCUCGAGUGAACCACACGAGUGGAGAUGGGUCCCGUCCAAGUAUAAUGUAUCCGAUGAUGCGACAAAAUGGAAGGCGGGUCCAAAUCUGAAUGCUGAUAGUACAUGGCUGAACGGACCCCAGUUUCUACGGUUAUCAGAAGAUUUAUGGCCAGAACAACCGCUCACUACUACAUCGGCUGAAGAAAUUAGGUUGGUUCUCGUACACAGCCACUCGCACCCACCCGUGGAUUACUCCCGAUUCAGCAAAUGGUCAAGACUACACCGUGCAAUGGCCUAUGUUAUCCGCUUCACAGAUUCCGUCCGUCGAAGGAAUAUUGGGAAACAACUGCAACUGGAGCUUCUCACGCAGGAUGAGUUAGCACGAGCUGAAAUUCUUCUGUGGAAAAUGGCUCAAACGGACUAUUUCUCAAAAGAGAAAACGAUACUAGAGAAAUCAAUGGGACCUGUCGAAGCAAACCAUUCAACCGUCCCGAAAACCAGCUGUAUUUACAAGACCUGGCCUUAUAUGGAUGAACAUGGGGUCGUGCGUAUGCGAGGUCGGAUUGGCGCGGCUCACUACUUACCAUUUGAAACUAGAUACCCCGUUAUCCUUCCGAAGCAACAUCCAGUGACAACUCUUAUCGUGGAUUGGUAUCAUCAUCAGUUUCGCCACGCCAAUCGUGAAACAGUUACCAACGAAAUGCGGCAGCGUUUUGAGGUUGCAAAAUUGAGAUCCCUGGUGCAGAGAGUGGCCAAGAAUUGUACAUGGUGUCGAGUUUUUAAAGCUACCCCUAAAUCACCGGUUAUGGCACCACUCCCUGAAGAGAGGCUGGAGCCAUAUGUACGUCCCUUCACGUACGUCGGCUUGGACUAUUUUGGGCCUGUGUAUGUCAAAGUUGGACGCAGUCAAGCAAAGCGAUGGAUCGCUCUCUUUACGUGCCUGUCCAUUCGAGCCGUGCAUAUGGAAAUAGUACACAAUCUAACCACGGAAUCAUGUGUCAUGGCCGUCCGAAGAUUUGUUUCGCGUCGCGGUUCUCCAGCAGUGUUUUACUCGGACAACGGCACCUGCUUCCAAGGAGCUAAUCGACAACUUCAGGAAGAGAUCACACGUAGAAACGAAGCACUUGCAACCACCUUCACGAACGCGCAGACCAAGUGGAAAUUUAUUCCUCCAGCAGCCCCACACAUGGGCGGAGCGUGGGAGCGUCUCGUUAGAUCCGUGAAAUCAGCUAUAGGUUCAUCACUCGAUCAUCCUCGUAAACCUAAUGAUGAGACGUUAGAGACCAUCAUUUACGAAGCAGAAGCGUUGGUCAAUGCUAGACCAUUGACUUACAUACCAUUGGAGUAUGAGGAGCAAGAGUCACUAACGCCCAACCAUUUCCUCUUGGGUAGUUCGACAGGUAACAAAAUCGAACCUGCUGAAGUACUAAAACACGCAACACUCCGCAGUAGCUGGAAGAUGGCUCAAUAUAUUGUCGGCGAGUUUUGGAAGAGAUGGGUGAAAGAAUACCUUCCGGUUAUAACGCGUCGGAGCAAAUGGUUUGAGGAGACCAAGGAACUCGCUAAAGGUGAUCUUGUACUUGUGGUUAAUGGGACCAAACAGAACCAGUGGACUCGAGGGCGUAUCGUGGAAACUGUUGUUGGUCGGGAUGGAAGAAUCCGCCAAGCAUUGGUCCGAACUGCCAGUGGUAUUAUUAGACGGCCUGCAACAAGACUCGCGGUGUUGAACGUCGAUGAAGGAUGUAAACCUACCAACUCACAAGAGGAUCCAGAACUUCACCAAGCCCAUAUCGAGGCCGUGGAAGCUACCGAACCGACUGAAACGGUCAUAUAUUCCUCAUUGACCCGUGGCGGUGAAGAUCACCUGAUUAGUCCCGAAGACCUGCGACUAGCGCCGAACAGCAACGAGACAACAAGGAGCACUCGCGACAGAGGAUUGUAG